GUCGCGAGCGAACGAGCAAGAGGGUGUUCGACUGCUAGAGCCGAGCGAAGCGAUGCCUAAAUCAAAAGAACUUGUUUCUUCAAGCUCUUCUGGCAAUGAUUCUGACAGUGAGGUUGACAAAAAGUUAAAGAGGAAAAAGCAAGUUGCUCCAGAAAAACCUGUAAAAAAGCAAAAGUCAAGUGAAACUUCGAGAGCUCUGUCAUCUUUUAAACAGAGUAGCAGCAACAGAGAUGAUAACAUGUUUCAGAUUGGGAAAAUGAGGUACGUUAGCGUUCGAGAUUUUAAAGGCAAAGUGCUAAUUGAUAUUAGAGAAUACUGGAUGGAUCCUGAAGGUGAAAUGAAACCAGGAAGAAAAGGUAUUUCUUUAAAUCCAGAACAAUGGAGCCAGCUGAAGGAACAGAUUUCUGACAUUGAUGAUGCAGUAAGAAAACUGUAAAA